GUCCGGCAGCACACAUUACUCUGCGUACAAAACGAUUGAACACCAGAUUGCAAUUCAGUAUCUUCAGAUGAAAUGGCCGCUACUUGAUGUCCAAGCAGGGAGUCUCCAGAGCAGACAGGCCCUCAAGGAUGCCCGCUCUCCAUCGCCCGCACACAUUGUUUCGAACAAAGUGCCCGUGGUGCAGCACCCCCACCAUGUCCACCCGCUCACGCCUCUCAUCACCUACAGCAACGAACACUUCACCCCGGGAAACCCACCUCCACACUUACCAGCUGACGUAGACCCCAAAACAGGAAUCCCACGGCCUCCACACCCUCCAGAUAUAUCUCCGUAUUAUCCACUAUCGCCCGGCACUGUAGGACAGAUCCCCCAUCCGCUAGGAUGGCAAGGUCAACCAGUAUACCCAAUCACGACAGGAGGAUUCAGGCACCCCUACCCCACAGCGCUGACUGUCAACGCUUCCAUGUCCAGGUUCCCUCCCCACAUGGUCCCACCACAUCAUACUUUACACACGACCGGCAUUCCCCACCCGGCCAUAGUCACACCAACAGUCAAACAGGAAUCCUCCCAGAGUGACGUCGGCUCACUGCACAGCUCAAAGCAUCAGGACUCCAAAAAGGAAGAAGAAAAGAAGAAACCCCACAUAAAGAAACCCCUUAAUGCGUUCAUGUUGUAUAUGAAGGAAAUGAGAGCAAAGGUGGUGGCGGAAUGCACAUUGAAAGAAAGUGCCGCCAUCAACCAGAUCCUGGGGCGAAGGUGGCAUGCACUGUCUAGAGAAGAACAAGCAAAGUACUACGAGCUGGCCCGGAAGGAGCGACAGCUUCACAUGCAGCUGUACCCUGGCUGGUCUGCGCGGGAUAACUAUGGAAAGAAGAAGAAGAGGAAAAGGGACAAGCAGCCAGGCGAGACCAAUGAUGCAAAUACUCCAAAGAAGUGUCGGGCACUGUUCGGGCUUGACCGACAGACUUUAUGGUGCAAACCCUGCAGGAGAAAAAAAAAGUGCGUUCGCUACAUACAAGGUGAAGGCAGCUGCCUCAGCCCGCCCUCUUCAGAUGGAAGCUUACUAGACUCGCCACCCCCGUCCCCACACCUGCUAGGCUCCCCUCCCCAAGACGCCAAGUCACAGACUGAGCAAACCCAGCCACUCUCGCUCUCCCUGAAGCCUGACCCCCUGGCCCACCUGUCCAUGAUGCCUCCGCCACCGGCGCUCCUGCUGGCCGAGGCCGCCCACGGCAAGGCCAGUGCCCUCUGUCCCAACGGGGCCCUGGACCUACCACCUGCCGCCCUGCAGCCACCCAUCAUCCCGUCCUCAUCACUUGCACAGCCAUCGACAUCUUCCUUACAUUCCCACAACGCGCUGACUGGGACCCAGCCCCAGCCUCUGUCCCUCGUAACCAAGUCUUUAGAAUAGCUUUAGCUUUGUCAGCCCUGCCUGAGAUGAGUGCUUUCUUCUUGGUUUCUUGAUUUGCUCCUCUCCCCACCCCCACCCCUACUUGGAAAGCUUUUGUUUUGUACUCUUUUAAUUUUGUGCCACGUGGCUACAUGAGUUGAUGUUUAUCGAGUUCAUUGGUCAAUAUUUGACCCAUUCUUAUUUCAAUUUCUCCUUUUAAAUAUGUAGAUGAGAGAAGAACCUCAUGAUUCUACCAAAAUUUUUAUCAACAGCUGUUUAAAGUCUUUGUAGCGUUUAAAAAUAAAUAUAUAUAUAUACAUAACUGUUAUGUAGUUCUGAUAGCUUAGUUUUAAAAGACUGAUUAAAAAACAAAAAGAAAAAAAAGAGAGAGAGAGAAGCAAUUUUGAAGCAGCCCUCCAGAAGGAGUUGGUUCUGUAUUAUUUGUAUUAAAUACGAGCUUGCGAACCAAUCAUUUUACACCUGGUUUUUGAACCAGAAGGGCACAAUGGAUGCCGUGCCAUUACCUUUAUUUUUUUUUCUCUGUGUGAAACAACUUUUAUUGUGAUGUUACUUGUUAUUGUUUAAAUGUACAGAAACAAAGGGUUAAAAAUGUGUUAAUAUACCUUGUUCCUUGGUGUUGUUCUUUUGUGGGGAGGGGGUUGCUACUCAACAAUUAAUGGAAUCAUCAUGCUUUUGGACCAGUAGUAUUUAUUGCUUUAGAGGUUGCUUGUUGUACUUGUAUGUUGUCUCUUUUUAAAUAUGUUUUGUUCCCCUUUUUCUUGGAACUGUAUAAAGUUUUUUUCCCCCUCCCUUAGCAUAAGCAUCUUAUAUAUAACAACUCAUUUGUACAAGGUUUUUAAGUUUAUAUAUAAAAAUGUGUAUAUAUAUUUUUUGUUUCCCUUUUUUUUGACUUCUUUUUUUUCUGUCUGAAACCCAGAUACCGCCAAAUGGACAUUAAUAGUUGCAUCAAGGAUCAGUAGCAUUAACAAAAGUUGCUUCAAAAGCCAUUAAGUAAAACAAGACUUGAACUGUAGUGAGGGAAUGUUAGAUGCUGUCUGAGCAGCAGUGGGAACUGCCCUUGUUUCACCCCGCCCUUGAAUCCUAGUCAGAUGCCCUGCACCCUUAGGACAUGGACUGACCGUGUGCAAAACUUUAUGUGCCAAAAUUCUCAGUGACUUUAGCUUUCUCCCUUUUUGAUGCUGUACUUUCUGUUCAUCAUGUUUUGCUGUGAUGUUACAUAGGUAGAUUUGUAUGUAGUUUUAAUGUCACCUAUAACAAAAUGUGUUUGAUAGCAGAUUGUCCAGAAAGCAUUUUAAAUGAAGAGGUAUAAACCCUUAAGGGCCAAAAUUCUGUAUAUUAGAUUACUCUUAAAUGAAAAAUCCAGCUGCCGCUUCUAUGGACGUAUAUUACAUACAAGUAGGUAGCGAACUUUAAAAAUAAAAAAAAAAACCUAGGCAUGUUGAUGUUGCAAAUGCUGUAUAAAGCUAAGACCUGUUCAUUCAGUGCCAUUGUAGUUGACAUGAAGCGAUUGUAAAACUGUCUCCGAUUUUUCUCUGGUUUAUUAAAAUGCUAACUAUAACAUUUUUUUCUUUUUUGUGAAUACUUUGAAUGUUUCCUAACAGUUGUGAUGUUACUGUUCCGUUUUAUGCUCUUAUUCCAAGUUCAUUUUGAAUGGUUUGGAAGCCAUUUUUGUAAUGAAUAAAUGUCCAUGCUGUACAGUACCUGUAGCAUGCCGUUCUGGAUUAAUAAAAGCAACUUAGUAUGUGCAGAG